AUGGACCCGGGAAACUGGGCUACGGACAUUGCGGGAGGGUCGGCGUUCGGAUACACGCUGCUAUUCGUCGUGCUCAUGUCGUCCAUCUGCGCCAUGUUUCUCCAGAGCCUGUCUUUAAAGCUCGGCGUCGUCGGCGAAAGGGACCUCGCGCAGGCCUGCCGCGACGCGUAUCCGCGCUACGCUAAUCUUACUCUCUGGAUUCUCGCCGAAAUCGCCAUCGCCGCUACCGAUCUCGCCGAAGUUAUUGGAUCCGCGACCGCCAUGUACCUUCUCUUCGGCUUACCUUUGUGGAUUGGCAUCCUUAUAACGGGAGCCGAUUGCCUCCUUAUAGUCUUCCUCGGCGCCCGCAGCGCGCGCGUGCUGGAGCUGCUGAUCUUCAUUCUCUGCGCUCUAAUCGCCGCGUGCAUGACGUACGAGUUGAUUGCGGUGCGUCCCGAUUGGGUCCUGGUCCUGAAAGGAUUCAUUCCGUCAGGCCAGAUUUUCACCAACCCUGACGUGCUAUACGCGGCGGUGGGUAUUCUGGGAGCAACGGUCAUGCCGCACAACCUCUACCUCCAUUCCAGCAUUAUCCAAACGCGCAAUUACAGUCGCACGGCAGAAGGCAAGCGCAUGGCCGUCCGUUACGGCACGUGGGACUCGUGCCUGUCGCUCUUCGUCGCCUUUUUCGUCAACGCGGCCAUCCUGAUCCUCGCGGCCGCGGCUUUCUACUACAACCCGUCGGGCCAGCAGACCGUCGCGGAUAUCAGCGACGCGUACCAUCUCCUCGCGCCCGCCAUUGGCGACACUGCGGCGAGAAUCCUCUUCGGCGUCGCCCUGCUGGCCAGCGGCCAGAACUCCACCAUCACGGGAACACUCGCGGGUCAAAUUGUGAUGGAGGGGUUUGUGGACGUGAAGCUUCCGCCAUGGCUUCGUCGCAUGGUGACUCGCUGCAUUGCGAUUGUUCCUGCUGUCAUUGUGGCUGCUAUCAGUGGCAUGGAAGGCGCUGGGAAGCUUCUGGUGCUGAGUCAGGUGAUUCUGUCACUGCAGCUGCCGUUUGCGAUUGCGCCGCUGGUGCAUUUCACGUCGUCCCCGGCUCGCAUGGGGAAGUUUGUGAAUGGCUCGCCGCAGGGAACGAUCGCCGCAGGAGGCAGGCGCAACCCGAGAAGAAGCGCUUCUAACGAGAAGUAUCGUGAGCGCCAGACGAGGAAGGGAAAGGAUUCCGCUGCCGCGUCGGUUGAGAGAGGUGAAGGUUCGGUGGAGAGUGGUGGAGGAUUCGCGAAGCCAGGGGUUGCGAAGAGCGGGGAGGGGGAAGAGCGAAGCGCAGACAGAUCGAGUCACGCGCGGAGGGCGCGUGGCGGAAGGAAAGGUCGUGCGGCGGCGCAGGCGCGCGGAAGUUGCGGAGAAGAGGAGCGAGCGGCCGACGGAGGGGGUGGUGUGAGGGGGACCGGGCUGGCAAGAGGGGCGCGCGGGGGGGGGGAAACCGGGCGACGAGGGCGAGCGGGUAAAGCGAAGGCGGAAGGACGUGUAGGGCGCUCAGAGGAGCGCAAGGGCGCAGCGGAGGGCAAAGGCAGGGCGGAGCGGAGGCUACUGCGCGGAUUGAGGCUGGAAGACUUCCCUCCGGCGGAGCAGGGCGCGCUGGUGGCGGAGAGGCAGGCGGAGAGUGAGACGCUAGAGGAGGAGGAAGGGGACGGGGAGGAGGAGGUGCGGGGAGGAGAGGAGGAAGAGGAGGUGGUGGGAUUGGAGGGAGGGAGUGAAGAGGGGGGAGGGGAAAAGGUGCAAGAGGAGAUUCACGGGCUGCUGAGGGAGGCUAUAGCUGCAGAAGAGGCGGAGGCUCGGCAAGUUAAGGCUCGGCAAGUCGAGGCUUGGCAAGCUGGGGCUCGGCAAGUACAGGCUCGUCAAGUACAGGCGCGGCAAGUUGAGGCACGAUCUGCUCCAAGUGUAGCAGCUGUAGCCGGGACAGCAGCAACAGGGGAAGUAACAAGGCGCGUGAAGAGGGGCUGGCUAGAAGGGGUGACGGGAAGAGGCAGGGAGGGAAGAGACAGAGAGGGAAGAGACAGAGAGGGAAGAGACAGAGAGGGAAGAGACAGAGAGGGAAGCGACAGAGAGGGAAGCGACAGAGAGGGAAGAGACAGAGAGGGAAGCGACAGAGAGGGAAGCGGCGGAAAGGGAAGGUCAGGCGAGCUGGAGGUUGCAGGGUGGAGAGGCAUAGAGGGUGAGGAGGGAGGGGCAACAGCAGGAGAGGGAGGGAGGGCAGUGAGUGUGGUGGCGACGCGGACGCACACAGAGACAGUGCCUGUGUCUGAAGAGCAGCAGGUGGUGACCGUCACAGAGACCACGGUGCAACUGCAGGUGCAGCAGGUGGGUGUAGAGAGGGGGAAGGGUGCAGCGAGUGCAGGUGAGGCAGAGGCAGAGGAAGAAGCGUUUGAAGCUGCAGCUGAAGGGAUACAGGCUGCUCCUGCUGUGCCUGCUGCUUGGCGCCUGGACGAGCAGCAGCGCAGCGACUCACGUCAGGUUGAUAAGGUUCUAGCGGUUCCCGAAGUGGGGAAACAGAGUGCAUGGGACACAGGGGCGGUUGAUGCUGCUGCUGGGCCGCGGGGUGUGAAGCGGCCUGCUGCUGCAAUGACCCAGGCAGGUGGAGAGGUUGCAGUAGCUGCUGGGGGUGGGGGAGGGGGAGGGAGAGAAGGAGCGGGAGAUGGAUUGAGCGCUCAAGUGCCUGGUGUGGGGAGGGCUUCUCUUGGCGGCCCUUCCAUUGGGCCUGGUGUGGGCCCCGGCAUGGGGCUGGGCGGGAUGGUGACAGCGAUGGAUGAGAGGAUGAUGGAGGUGGUGGUGCGGCAUGCACUGCAGGCAAGGGAGGAGGCGCAGCGGAGGAAGGUGCAGGAGAGUGCGCGCGCUGUGAGGGACAUGCGGGGGAAGGUGGAGAGGCGGAGGAGGGAGGCGAGGCAGAUGGAGGAGGAGCGGGAUGAGCGGUUGAGAGAGAUGGAUGAUGCGGUUCAGGAGCUGGUACGUGCAUGCAGGUGGUAUGUAUAUGCAGCUGGUACGUGCAUGCAGGUGGUAUGUAUAUGCAGGUGCAAUUCAGGAGCUGGAGUGGUGUGA